AUGAAAGUCAAACUCUUAUCGUCCAAACACACAUUCUACUGUCAUUUUCUACUUCUAUUGGCCACUUUAUCAUCCUGUCAAGCUGCUUCAUUCACCCCUGAUGUCCGAUGGAGUUGUACGGACAUUGCUGUUUUGAUUUCCGUUCAAACGACCACACCAUUCGAAGGAUUGAUCAAAGCUCGAAGUUCAUCAUUAGAGAGUUGUUAUACGAAAGGAAUCGGCACGAACUUGUCAGUACUAAAAAUAUUUUUCAAUCAAACAGAAUGCGGAAUGGUGUAUAACCAAGACGAUGAUACCUAUAAAAUGACUGUUGAUAUUCAUUCACAUCCGAUUUUAAUCAUUGAUAGUGACCAAGCUCUGAAUAUCUCCUGUCGAGCUCCAAACAAUUCAACCUCAACAGCAACUAGCCUCAAUUCUUCUUUUUAUCACUUGGAGGUUUAUGAUCACGACAAUUAUGGACUGCAGGAAGUGCGUUAUGCUUCACCUUAUAGUGUUCGUAUCUCAUCUUUUGACCGAUCAAAAGAUUUCACCGUUGGCAAAUGUGUUUCGUAUGCCGAUGACAAAGAGAUCGUCCAGUUGACUGAUUUCCGCGGAUGCUCUGUGUUUCCAGCACUUUUUGGAGAUUUUGUCAGGGGACCAUCUGGAUUCACUUCAUCAUUUCCUUCAAUGUUUCGAUUUCCGUCCAGCAACCUUAUGACGAUUAGUUGUGAUGUUCAUACAUGUGACGGCAGUUGCGAGGAUUACGACUGUAAUACGACAUCUAAUGAAAUACCAAAGCUGUUAGAAGAAACAACAACUAUGGAAAUUGACUCGGAUGUUGAUGAUGUUAGUACCACAAUCAAAAUCUUGGACAAGAAAGCAUUCAGACGUCCUAUAAUAGAUAGUAUUAUUCAAGACGAUGUGCCAAUUACUUCUACAGAGAUAAUAAAAACACAGAACGUAUCAAUAGUUUCGACGUCCACUUUGCCUUCAACACUCGAACCGAGAUCUCAACACUAUGAUGAAUGCAUAAGACCAGCUGAUGUUGAUAUUUUAUAUGCUCUAUGCAUAUUUUUAACAGUUUGUUCAACACUAGGUUUCACCAUCAAUAUUAUAUUCGGAUGCCUAUUAUGGAGGAAUAGAAACACCAAACGAUUCGAUAAUACUCCGAAGAUCUCUAAAACAAUUCCUCCGUCAGCUGCUCCCACUGAUUUUUGGAUUUUGGAUUCCAAUAAGAUUCCUGAUAUGGGAAGCAAAUAUGAUGUUGCUCGAUCGGUCGAUAGUUUUGCUUCGGUGAAGCAAAAACAGAGGCGAUCGAAUUUACCGAUUAUGGAAUACGGUAUGCCUCCACCUUCCAGGAAUUCCGACGGUUCAUCGCGAGAAAGUGGUGGAGAGUUGUCGACCGAUAUUUAUCGCCGACCAGACAAUAGACACAACCAAAGCACUUUCUCAACACCAUCAACGACAUUGGAGACCGAUCUCGACAGCUCUGUAUCAUCCAAUCAAGCUUCUUCCUACCAUUAA